CAGAGCCGAGCCGCUUGAGGCCACAGUCUAGAGCGCGGGACCGAGUGGGUCCGAAGCGGCGCGGGAGGGCGAAGGCUCGGGCCCGGCCGAGGGGAGCCGAGCGCUCCCGACAGGCGGUCGGGCUGUGUGGCGGCGAAGAUGGCCGAAGGCGGCGCGGGGCCUGCCGGGACGGCGGUGGACCGAGCGGGCGGGGCGGCAAGAUGGCGGCGGCGGGGCGGAGAGGUGCUUCUGUGUCUGAGUGGGGCCUACUGCGCCCUGUACCUGGGGGCCACCCUCCUGAUGAUCACCUACAAGAGCCAGGCCUUCAGCUACCCACUUGCUCACCUUCUCUGGGACCUGGCGCUGCUCUUCCUGAUGGGAGCGCUGGAAGCCACCCGCCUUUACCUGGGCAGCAAGGGCAACCUGACCGAGGCUGAGGCGCCGCUGGCCGCCAGUCUGGCUCUCACAGCCGCCACCGCCCUCCUGGCCGCCUACUUCCUGCGCUGGCAGACCCUGGUGCUCUGGGCCGACUGGGGGCUCAGCGCCGUGCUCUUGGGGCUGCACGGCCUGGAGGCUGCCCUGCAGGUGAUGGUCAUUGCCACCUUCCUCAGCUAGCUCCCUCCCUCCCCCCCGCCCCCGCACCUGUGCAGCCUGCACCCAGCAGGUGGUUGCUUAAGAGGCGGGUGGCCGCAUGACUCAGGGACCCUACUCCAAGGUCUCAGCAACCUCCUGAGGCCCAGGGGACACGGACACACCCCCGGGGGCGUGGAGGCUCCAGGGCACCAAGGACAGCGGCCCCGGGUGGGUGCAGGCAGUGGAGUUCUCAGUCCGCUCCCGGGGGUCACUGUCUCCCUAUUGCCCUUGCAUACAGCCCCAGCAAACCCUCAAGACGUCCUCAAGUGUCCUUCACUUGCCUGCUUGUGAAAUAAAGGCACCUACCCUC